GGGCAAUAAGCACCCGGCGCCCAAGAAGGCACGACUUUACAACCCCGCCUGCCACCAUGUCCAGUAGCCCCAAUGCAUCAUAAUAAGGAAAUUCACCCACCGACCUGCGCAUUUUACCACCCCAUAUACUUUCGCGACAACGACUGAACGCAGCCAUGGCUGAGGGCGCCGCAGCACAGCCUGUGCUGGAGCCCGUCGCAAACCCAGUAGCCCUCAUCCCCGUAGUGAUCAAGGAAGCCGCCCUCGACUCCCCCACCUUCCGCGCGACAGCAGUGCAUUUCGGCGACCAGAUCGACCUGAUCGAACGAUGGCUCACCACCUACCUGACGGCCGUCUCGAAGCUCGCGAGCGAAAUGGGUGCACUGCAGACGCUUGUAGACGCUUAUGUGCAAGCAUCACAUCCGCCGCUGCAACUAUCCGAAGCCAUCAUCGACCACGACUACACCGUCCUGGCCCUGAAGCGUUUUGGUGAGGGGGCACGCGAGUUCUGGAACACUACGUUGCGGGCCAUGAAGCGGGCGGAGACGACCGUCUGCGAACCCGUCCGCGCAUUUCUGAACAACGACCUGCGGAUGCUCAAAGAAGCACGCAGGAAUCUCGACAAUGCGCAGCGCACAUUUGACGGCGCCAUUGCGCGCUAUGCCGGCCAGGCCAAGACCAAGGAACCUUCGUCUCUGCGAGAAGAUGCAUUCCAGCUGCACGAGGCAAGGAAGGACUACCUCAAGAUGAGCAUGAACUUCUGCAUUCUAGCACCCCAGGUGAGGUCGACGCUGGACAGGAUGUUGGUCAAAGUUGUCAACGAGCAGUGGCGCGACAUGAAGUCUGCGCGUGACGGUUCAGCCAGUUCGUUUGCAAGCUGGAGCGCCGACAUAGAUCGCGUGCGCGGCUGGAGCAAAGAGAUGGAGGAUGGCGAGCGGGUCUUCAAGCGCGAGCUCCAUCUAGCGAGGCAACAAAUUGAGAACAGCGCCGAAGUUGCUGCCCGACCAGCACGAGAACUCGACUCGUACGCAGCCUCGACUGUACCAUACCUUGGUACACAGGCACCUUCCACCGCCAAUCUCGCCUCACCAGCGAAACCGGACCCCGCCAAUGAGAAAGCAGAGAAACAGGGCUGGCUCUUCCAGCGUACCAUUACAGGGAAGCCUGCGAGAACUUAUUGGGUCCGCAGGUGGUUCUUCGUCAAACAUGGCAUCUUUGGCUGGCUGACUCAAGGCACACGAUCUGGUGCUGUCGAGGAGUCCGAAAAGAUUGGUGUGCUAUUGUGCGGUAUCCGUCCAGCAUUCCAAGAAGAGCGCCGCUUCUGUUUUGAAGUCAAGACCAAGGACACGACCAUUUUACUGCAGGCGGAAACACAGGCUGAUCUUACCGAGUGGAUCUCUUCCUUCGAAGUCGCCAAGCGAAAAGCGCUUGAGGAUACGUCCAAGGACUCUGGUAUCCCCGGAUCCAUCGACGCUGCCUUCUCCAUCAGUCCCCCUGUGGCCCCAGAAUUUGCUGCAAAGACCUCGGAAGGCAAUGCCGCCCAUGGCAGCGAAGAUGCUGGUAUCGCUGAACGCAAUGAAACGCUUGUAAUACCAGGUUCUGACAGCCUGGCUGCUCGGGGCAGCUUCGACGUCACAAGGCGUAAUACGGCCUUUGAGCGAGAAGACGGUAGUCGCCGAGACCAUGCCACGAGGAUAAUGGAAAAGCUUGAUUUGACCCGGAAGUCUACAGUAGGGCCCCAGCUAAGUGGAAGCAAUCCUUCUUCCGCUUCUGGUGGCAUUGCUAGCCUGAUCUCUGCAAGUCUCGCGUCUGCAAGUCAUAACAUUGUACAGGUUGGACAGAUCACUGCUCCCGCGCCAGGUUUGCCAGACACUCGGCUCGUCAUGGGCCAGACUCUGCCAUUCAGCAGCUUGGCUCCGUCCACACUUGCAAACCCUCCCGCGCCGACCAACCUAAGCAAAGCCGCCGUCGCUGUGAGCGGAGAACGUGGCCUAGGUAUUGGAAAAUCAGGCAACAUGCCCGGAGGUUUGAUGGCGAACUUGUGGGGCUCCGUCAACUGGGGCUAUGUCAACCGUCUUGUGCGCGAAGAUGAACCCGAGUUGCGUGACCGUAGCAUGUCGGAUCCUCCCAGCCCCUUGCGCCCCCAGCUUGGCUUCGAACCUUUCGAGACGCCCAAGGAUGCGCCCUCGGGAGACUCGCCCGCUGCGCAUCGCAAGACUAUGAGUCUUGGAAGCCAAACAACUUUACAGCAGCGACCGUCUGUUGCCACCGAAGAUUUCCCGAAUUACUAUCCCCUUGCUUUGCGGAUGCAAGACGCGCAAUUUCGUAUAUUGUUCCCAACUGUACCCCGUGCGGAGAAGGUCGUGCUUGUAUUCCGUGCGGUUUGGAACAUGACCGAUCAGCAAGAGUUCCCUGGGCGGAUAUACGUCACGGCCAAGGAUAUAUAUUUCUACAGUAACCACAUGGGCUUGGUUCUGAUUACUGGUGUCAGCAUGACAUCCAUAGACGAAGUAACAGCAGCACCGGGCAAAGACUGUGACUUCUUAUUUCUCCAUUUCAAAACCGGCACGCGAGAGGACGGUGCUACGCGAAUUACCAUCAAGACAUUCCUCGAACCGCUGAAGCUACUUCUUCGACGCCUGAAUUUCUUGGUUCGUAAUGCAACUACCGGAGAGCAUGGUCUGGAAGAGGUUGUGAAGAGAUUGAUCAAGAUGGAAGCUAGCGAGGACAACUCUCCCAGUGCGGACAGCUGGGAGGAAGUGCCUUCACAUACACCAAUGGAUCCUGGGUAUGGAAAGGAUCUCAAGACUAGCCUGCGCAUAGACGGGAAUCUUUUCGGGCCUUCAGGCGUCAACCGGACUGCCAGCAAGUUCAAGCUUCCUUCACAGCCUGUCGUCUUCGCUCCUCAAGGAAUGACGCAAGUCGCAGUCGAGAAGGAGUACGAGAUCAGUGCCAAGGGUCUCUUCCACAUCCUCUUUGGUGACAAGAGCACCGUUUUCCAGAUGCUGUAUCGAGAGCGGCUGGCACAACGCGUCGUGCAAGGUCCGUGGACAAAGAUUGAUCAGAAUCACCAGCGCCGCGACUUCGAGUACGAAGUGAUUCAACCUGGCAAGGUCGGGGCGGUUAUCAUUAACGACUAUCAAGUCAUCGAGGUUCUGAAUGAUCAUCUUUGCUACGUCGUCGCUGAUAGAAAGAUACCGUGGUACUUGCCUGGGCACGAUCGUUUCAUCUUAUUGAGCAAAAUUGUCGUUACCCACGUUUCGAAAUCUCGCUGCAAGCUCGCAAUCCAUACGAAGAUUGAUUGGGCACAGAACCCCCGCUUUGUCAAGAAAUUGAUUGAACGACAAGGCCUCCAGGACAUGGAACUUGAAGCACAAGAUCUGUUGGAUGUCGUCAAUGAUCAGGUUGCCAAGCUAGGGCAUAACCGUAACACGGGCAAGGUCACAAACAUAUUUGGUCAAAUUGGCGUUGCCACCCAAGCCGUACAGAUCACCGCUCAGGACAUCCCACCGCCCAAUCGGCCACGAAAGUUCAAGUUGCGACCGCAGACGACGGGGUCAUUCGUCGCCCAAUUCAUCGGCAACAUCAUUGUCAGCAUCUUCUCCACCCUAAUGAGCUGGAUACUCGCGGUGUUCGCAGGACUGGGCAAAGUCAUUUCUGCACACAAACUUCUUGUCAUCCUGUUAAUUAUCAGCGGUGGCGCAAACUUCUUCCAUACAUCGCGCGAUUCAUGGCUAUGGUGGAACGAGCGCAACGCUGCCAAGUUCAUGUCGCGGUUAGGUGUUGGGCCUAACACUGUAAUGGCGCGAUCAGUAUACCUCCGCGAUCUCGAAGAGAGCUUUGUCAAUGUGAACGAUACAGGCAUCGCACUGCACUUGCCCGCCGAUGCAGCGACGAAUAAAUGCCACCAAACGUUCACAUCUCUGCUCACGGAUCCAAGCGCUAACCCAUCGACACCACUUUCCCCCUCAAUCCAUGCGCCGCGCCGUCUGCACCGUACACGUCAAAACCUCGGUUCCCAUCGGCACGAUCUACUCGUGGCGCUUCGUGUUGUCAAUCGUAUUGAGAAGGAAGUUAUCGAAGCGGAGUAUGAGAAUUGGCUCCUCGAUGAGACGCACAAGUGUGAGCGUGUGGCUACCAUGCUGGGCGAGGAUGGGCGAAAAUCAAAGGAAGUAGAGGCUUGGGUAAAGGGGUAUUGUGGGGACUGCGAGAGCGCGCUGGGUGGGGUCACAACAGGGAGGGGCCUGAUAUAGUAGCAAGGUGGGUCGCGUGUAGGGCGCAGAUACACAGCAAUACGGUCUGGGUCUGCAUAGCACAAGAGAAGUGGAUGCAGGCUGGCCAAGAAGAAGAAGGUUGAGUAAUGUUGAUACGAUAGACGCCGACUACAGCACUUCUGUGGGAUCAGCAGUACAUACAACGCAAGAACGAAGGUGCAACUACGGUCUCUUGGCAAUCACUGG